UGCUGCGUUUCAAUAAGGAGGUCCUAUCCGACCAACAUCAUCAUUCUCGUCGUUAUGACGUUAGCCUUCGCGGUGAUGGUUGGAAUAAUUUGCAGCUUCCACAGAGUGGAUCAGGUGGUCAUUGCGGCAUCGGCCACAGUGGUCAUCACCUUCGUCCUCACGAUCUUUGCCAUGCAGACGAAGAUUGACUUCACUUCAUGCGGUGGGGUCAUGUGCAUCAUCUCCAUCCUCUUCAUCAUCUUCGCAAUUACAGUCUCCGUCUACACCGCCAUUUGGGGGCGUAGCAAGAUUCUCAUGAUGGUUUAUUGCUCUAUAGGAGCUCUAGUGUUUUGCCUGUACAUCAUCUUUGACACGCAAAUGAUCAUGGGCGGAUCCAACCGACAGUACCAGAUCAGUCCAGAGGAUUACAUCUUCGCGGUCACUCAACUUUACGUGGACAUCAUCAACCUCUUCCUCAUGCUCCUACGCCUCAUCGGACAUUCUGAGGAG